AUGGCCACACUCUUUUUUUCCCACUCAAUUCUUCCACCACUUUCUUCACCCUUAUCAAAACAAUCCAUCUGUCGCUGUACAUGGUUGUUUGAAGGUGAAGACACGCUCAAUCUUAUCUCAUUUGGGUUCAUACAGAUCAGUAAAUCAUGGACCAAAAAACAUGGAAAUGAAGAAGAGAGGAUUCAGUAUGAUAAAGAAGCAGCUUUAGAGAGGACUGUGAAAAACCUCCAUGAAAAGAUAGCUUCUCUCUUAUGUGAAUGCAAUUCCAAAGAUGCCCUCAUAUCUAAACAUGCAAAAACUGCACAAGAAGCCAUUACAGCGAGGGAGAAAGUUGUUGCAGAAUUGGCUCUGCGAAAUCAAGAACUAGAAUCCACAAUUAAACAAAAAUUAGAGGCUAACGAGAGAUUAAUCCACUUAAAUUCUGCAUUAAAAGAUUAUCGACAACAACUAACUUCUUUAAAAGAAGAGCAAGAUCAAAAAAUGGCAAAUGAAUCCAUUGAAGAGCUCAAAAGGGCAAAUAAAAGAUUAGAAGACAAAGUCAACGAGUCAAACAAAGAUCUCGCAGAUCUAACGGUCCAAAACGCUCGACUUUCCAACACCCUCAUGAUCAAAGAUGAAUUAAUCGAAGACAUAAGCCAUCAAAUGUCACAAGCCACGAUCGAAUUCAACGACCUAAUCACACGCCUCGAUUCAAUCGAAAAAGAAAACGGGAUUUUGAAAUACGAAUAUCGGGUCUUAGAAAGAGAGCUUGAGGUACAAACCCGGUGUGCUGACGUGGCGUCCGGGCAGCAGAGAGAAAGCAUGAAACGGGCAGCGAAGUUGGAAUCGGAAUGUCAGAAGCUUCGAUUGUUGGUGAAAAAGCAAAUCACCGGGUCAGGUCUUGAAGGUUUGGAUAAACGAAUGGGGUUUUUGAUAAAUCGGUUAUACGAAGUGGAAGAAGAAAACAAGAUUUUAAAAGAAAUAAUAAGAAAAAAAGACGACGAGAUUUCCAUUUUGCAAAGUCAAAAUAAUCGCGUGGGUCAAAGUCAACGUUCGAUGAUCGGAGACACGGAUAUGAGUUUGAUGGAUGAUUUUGUCGAGAUGGAGAAAUUAGCAAUCGUUACUUCCGACACAAGUAAUCUUGAUUCCGUAGGGAAAGAAAUCGUUUCUUGUGACGCAAGUAAUCUAGUCCACGUGGCAUCGGGUGAUUGGUUAACAAGCAUUGUAAACGCGAUUACGGAACAAACCCGUGUUUCCGAAAGAAGUUUCGAUCAAGUAUUGAACGAGAUUAGAAAAUCUUUACAAUGUGAGGAUUCCGUUAGCGGUUACAUUACAUGGAAAUCUCCGGAACCGGAAAGAGGGAUUCCGGAGGUGGAAACAGAAUUGGAAAGGGUGAAAGAGUCCAAAGCAAUGAUUGAGGAGCAAUUGGAGAAUCAAAAGUUGGUCAACGAGGAUCUUGACCAUCAAAUUUCGGUUGCUAGAUAUGAGAUAAACGAAGCGAAUCAAAAGAUAUCGUCUCUUAAAGUCGAGUUGGAAGAUAGAUGUCAUUGUUGUGAAGAAUUAGAAGCAACAUGUCUCGAAUUACAACUUCAAUUAGCAAGUUUGUCCGACAAUGAUACGGAAAAUGUAGAAGUCAAGCAAGAGGCGAAGCCACUCCAAACUGGAUUGGAGAUAACAGCGGCUUCUGCAAAACUAGCAGAGUGUCAAGAAACAAUAUUUAGCAUCGGCCGCCAGUUAAAAGCACUAGCACCGCCACCGCCACCGGUGGCGGCAGAGUUGACCGGUGGUCAGAAGUCAAGGCGGCAUUCAUGUUUACGUGACCAUAUGGAGGCGGCAGAAGGCGGUGGUGAGGAGGAUCCGGUGAGCUCUCCGAAGACGAAAGAGAUGGUGAGUGUGACAGAGAGAAAAGCGGGACCGGUUGUUCGUGUUGGAAGUUGUAAGACACGAGUUGUACCUGGUGCUUUGGCGAUUGUACCUAGUAAGAAGAGGGGUAAAGGAACUGAGAUAUUGAGGAAGCUUUUGUUUAGAAAGAAGAAGGUGCUUACAAUUGGUGUGUAAACUAUGGGAAAUGUGGUUGGUUGUGUAUUUGGUGACUUUGUUUGUGAGUUCGGUUAUAUUUAGUAUUGAAUAAAAAAAACUUUGAGGAAAACACAAUUGACAUGUAGGUCGUUG